AUGGCUGAAGAAGUCACUUAUGCUGAUCUGAAGUUCAUUACACUGCAGCAGAACAAAAAGGAUGAGUUCCACCAAACCAAAAGCAAAGCAUCUUCCCCAACGAAACCCCAUUGGCGAUCAGCAGCAAUCUCGCUUGCGAUCUUCUGCUUGGUUCUGCUUGGAACAGCUGGAACUCUGGGAUUCAUGGCUAUGCAGGCAUCACAGAUAGUGAGCAGUCAGAAGGAGAACCUGACCUUGCAGAAAGAGAUGCUUGAAAAUCUUCUCACAGAGCUGAAUGUUCUCCAAGCCCAGAAUCUAAACCUUUCAGAGACUGUCCAACAACUGUCAAACCACAGAGGCCGCCAAUGCAGCCCUUGCCCAGAAAAGUGGCUUCAGCGUGGAAACAACUGCUAUUUCUUUUCAACCAAGUGGAACACCUGGGACGAAGGCAAAUCUCAGUGCAUUACUCUUAACUCCAGGUUUCUUAAAAUAGAGAGUAAGGAAGAACUGGAGUUUAUUCUUGAAUCAGCACAGCCCUAUAAUUCUUACUGGAUUGGUUUAUUCCGCCGCAGAGUUGAAGGACCUUGGUUAUGGGAGGACAACAGUACCUUUAUCACUGACUUGUUUAACAUUCCUGAUGCUGGAUCCAGCAAUUAUCCCAUCUGUGUGUCUAUUCAGGGUGGGAAUCUAAUUGCUUCUGAUUGUUUAGGAUACCGGUUUAGCAUCUGUGAGAAAACGGCAGACCCAACUAAACCUGACCAUAAGUGAGAUGGAAACCUAAGUCAUAAUGCCCUUCAUUUAUUCUAUUCUGAGGACUUUGAGCAAAAAUAAUUUGUCUCUGUGUGUGUGUGUCUCAGAGAGAAAUUGUGCAUAUACAUGUGCAUAUCCUGGCAUACUCACAUGCACAAAUGUGUACAUGCAUGUUUGUUAAAAGGGUCCCGUUUCCCCACCACCACCACCACCACCACUGUAUUAAUUGAAUGAAUACGUGAAGGAGACCAUGUGAAAUUACCUCACUGAUUUGGCAGUCCACCAAUCUGUUUGUUAAACAUACUGUUGAGUCUCCUCAGGCUGAGUAGUUUUGUACCUACA